AUGAGCGAACAGAGACCACCUGUCCCACCUUUCAGCCGCGAGACUGCGCAUGUCAAGGUCAAGGCUGCGCAAGAUGCAUGGAAUACCCAAAAUCCAUCCAAAGUCAAGAUGGCGUAUACUCCCGACUCAAUCUGGCGGAACCGUGGCACCUUUGUCAAAGGCCGUGAUGAGAUUGAGACUUUUCUCACUGACAAGUGGAAUCGCGAGCACGAGUACAAACUGCGCAAAGAACUCUUUGCUUUUGACAAUGACAAGGCGAAUGGACAAUGGUGGAGAUGCUACGGACUUGAAGAUUGGACCUUUGAUAACAAUGGACUGAUGAAGAAGAGACAAAUGAGCGGAAACAACGUCAAGAUUAGUGAGGAGGAGAGAUGGUUCAAGGAUGGAGUGGAUGUCAACACUGUCGAGAUCGGACCAGAACAUUGGUAA